CCACCCGCCACCGCCAUUUUUGCUUCAGUCCAGUUAUACCUGCGCCGCGCGAGCACGUGUCAGUGCCGAUUUUACCGCCAAAAACGAUCGUCAACAAAGAUGAAUCUGUUCAAAAGUGUACAUAUUUAAAUUUUCCCACGUCCUUUAUUGUGUAAUAUCGUCGAAAAUUAACUUCUGUGUGUGUAAAAAGUUAAAAGUAAAUGUUUAGAUUGUUUUUUGCAUAAAUAGUGGUGUUGCAAUUUCUUUUCAUCUCAAACUUUUCGAUUGGAAGAUUUGUUCGGAUCGCUGUUGUGAUUCGAUAAGUGUUGUAAACAGUGAUUUUAUCUUGUAAUUAGUGUCGUGUUGGAUUCUAAUUGGAGCCGUACCGGUCCGGUGGUGAUAUUUCGCCGUUCCCAGGCGUACUUUGGCAACAGUUUCACGCGCGCCAUCAAAAUUCGUCAAAACUGGCUACCCUCUGAUAACAUCAGUACCAUGGAUUCGGAGAGCCGAAGCGAGUCGGCUCUGAACAGCCCAACGGAGCCUGACGUAUCGCUUGCGGCAUCCCUCACCGACCCUCUAGAGGCACACACCCUGGAAGAAGCUCGGCGGAGCAUCAGAGAUCUUCGAAUGAAGUAUCGCGCUCAAGCCCACCAGCUCCUAACAUGGCGGCGUGCGCACCGAACGCAAGAGGAACUAGUCACGCGCCUUCAGAAGGAGAAAGCGGAACAACUCAAGUCCCUCUCCAGCCAGCUCCUUCUCUUCGAGUCACGCCUCGUUCGCAAGCAGAAAGAGAUCACCACCAUGAUGGCGCUCCGAGAAACAAUCAUCAUGAAACAGCAGAAAGUUAUCGAAUCACUUCAAGCUAAGCUACUCGAUAAUGGUAUCGAAUCGCAAAAUAUUCCCGACUUCAGGGACAUGCUGCAAGAUACUCACCUCGCUGGUGACUUCGACUCACUCAAUGAUUCAGAUUCUGCUGUCAUCAUGGAAGAUGUAGACUUCGACAGCAGUAAUACUCCGCACGUGCCAAGAUUCAGGUCGACCAACCCUGACAGCGUGACCAUCGUACGGUCAAUAUCAGAUGCUAUAGAUCCCAACCUCAAAUACAAUGUCGUGAGGCGGUCGAAUGGCUUUCUGCGGAGACCAGAGAUUCUAGAAACUGUAUACAGUGUAGAAGAAGAGGUUGAUGGAGAUUCCACAAAAGGUCUCAGCGCGCAAAAUAGUACGGAGAAGGACCUGCUUGAUGCCAAUAAAACUGACGAAGAGAAAUACAAGGAAACGAGUCUCCUCGCUCAAAGGCGGGAUAACUUUCGAAUGAGGAGCGUCGUCCUAACCGCUGAGGUCAAAAGCAUAGACAACGACAAGGAGUUAAAGCCGAAGAGCGGUAAAGAGGUGUGGUCGUACAGCUAUGUGCCAAAACGCAUGACUCCAGCCAACGAGUCUGAUGACGAGGGCACGUCGAACGCUGAGAGUGACGAGGAGCCGGAACAGAAGUCGAACCACGUGGUGACGUACAACAGAGUGAUGUCCAACCACAGGAACGUCACCAAGCCCAAGGACGUCAAGUAUAAGAGGAUAAACAAGGCCAAGUCCAAGAGCUUAGAGGAGCUGCGAGGCAGACUAAAGAACUGGGUCGAGAAAGGCAACAAGUUGUCCAACAUACCUUUAGAACACGCGCAAAGUUACGCCUAAACUGAAAGUUCCUUUUAAUUAAGUGUUGAAUUUCUGCGUGAUUCGUUUCUCAAACGAUGUUUUACUUUCAUCACAGAUAAAGUAGAUCACAAUUUAAUGGUAGUAUCCAAGUACCUUUUAAAAUAAGGGUUGUAACCAGCUUUACGUCGGAGGCAAAUCUAUUGAAAUAUUCUUGAUACUCAGACUAUUGUAAAUAAAUAUUUCUUGUAUGUUAUAGAUAUUGUGCAACAUUAAAACUAGGCUAAGUUAGGUUGUCUUUAAGUUUUCUAUUGUUUAUGAACGGAGUACUUAAGAAUAAGAUAUUGCGUGGUACGUAUUACGUAAGCAGUUUUCCUGUCUAUUUUGUGACAAUGUUAAAGUUAUCAAAUGCGAAAAUUGCAAGAGACAGGGACAAAAGGAGCUAAGUUAUAGAAUGCAUCUAAAUAUUUAUUUAUUUAUUGAGAUGUAGAUUCUUAAAAAAUAUAACUAAAAUGUAUAUUCCCCUGCAUAUUUUCAAUGUCUACUUUAAACUGAUUAUAUUAUUGGCCUAAGUAAUAAAUUGUUAAAAUAGGUACUUAAUUAUUCAUAUUUACAAUUUUGAGCUUAUAAAUGGACAGUGUAAAUUCAAUGUUAAAUGUAAUAUUUAAAUAAUAAACAUUUUUCCAUUCCAUUUGCUUACCCUCGGGGUUUUGAUGUUAUAAAAUAAGCCGUUAUCAGAAAUCAGAAUUCAUAUCCAUUCCUUAGAGAAUUUUCAUUAUAAUAGUACAAAAUAUAUUUUUAGUAAAUGUUCUAUAAACAAUAGAAAACUUAGAAAAUGUAUAUUUUCGCGCGCACGACUGAUUUUGAGUAUUUCAUUUUGGAUAAAUAAAAAUUGUUAAAAAAUAUCGCUUCAUUGGAAUUGAAAUUCUCCUGUGAUUUUGUGAUUGUCUCGUCAAAUUGUUUUCGCCAAUUCCUUAUAAUGUUAGGUAAAAUUAAUAUAAAUCAGAAUAAUAAGAUUUAUUCUGGAGAUUUAUAAUUAUUUAGAUAUUUAUUGUCUCGGUGCCAAUUAUUAAAAUAAUUUUUCUCUUGAUAAUAAAUAGUUAAUAUUUUUUUCCGUAUACAGGCUGGUCGUUUAUUGAUUCGUAUCAGAAAGUUAUAUUUUAUUUUUACGUGAUAAUUUGACGAAAAAGUUUCUAUUUCGCUUCAUUUUGAAAUAGAAAAACUUUUUGUUUUAUUUACUGAGUUUUAAAAACAUGACAUUUGAUAUUUUUUUGUCCACGUUUUAAAAAGAGUUGAUUUUUAUCAAAAUAUUUUUUACAAAAAAUGUGAGUAAUCGGAUCGAAGAGUUGUCGAAUUAAUCAAGAUAUUUCAGAAAUAUAAUCUCGACUGAUUUUAAUUAAUUUGAUUGGAAAACAGAGAAUAUUUUGUUCGAAAGCAAAUUAAGGCUUCGAACUCUUUUGAGCGAGUUUUCGCUAAUUGGCUUAGUACUAAGCUUUGGAGUGCGUGCUAAUUGAGUUUCUGUGAUUAGUAGACACGUGCUCGUACAUUGACUGUUUGCUCAUCCAAACACGUGGUUAUAUUACUCAAAUGUAAUUACACAACGUGUUUAUGUGCUAUUCAAGAUAUUGUGGUACGUACUUCUUGAUUUGAAUAGUUUU